CCUCCUCCUUCACCGCCUUGUCCGGCUCCUCUCUCAGUUCUCACUCCUCGUUCCACGCUGCGGCCUCGCUGUCCUGCGAGAGGCAGUCCUGCGGCCGCUGCGUGCACACGCGCUCUCCGCAUCUCGCGCACCAGGCUCUCCCCACGCGUGCGCACCGGGCGCACGGACACACGUUCGUUUCCCCUUGAGUCCUGGGGUCUCAGCGGCGGCGGGCGAACCGCGCGGGGCAACACCGUAGCGGCCGUCGCAGGCUGGCCGGCCGGCCAUGGAGGCAGAUGGGGCCGGCGAGCAGAUGAGACCGCUACUCACCCGGGGUCCUGAUGAAGAAGCUGUUGUGGAUCUUGGUAAAACCAGUUCAACUGUGAACACCAAGUUUGAAAAAGAAGAACUAGAAAGUCAUCGAGCUGUAUAUAUUGGUGUCCACGUCCCAUUUAGUAAAGAGAGUCGUCGACGUCAUCGGCAUCGUGGGCACAAGCAUCACCACCGGAGAAGAAAAGAUAAAGAAUCAGAUAAAGAAGAUGGACGGGAAUCUCCUUCUUAUGACACGCCGUCCCAGAGGGUUCAGUUCAUCCUCGGCACUGAGGAUGACGACGAGGAGCACAUCCCCCAUGACCUCUUCACGGAGAUGGAUGAACUGUGCUACAGAGACGGGGAGGAGUAUGAGUGGAAGGAAACUGCCAGAUGGCUGAAAUUUGAAGAGGAUGUGGAAGAUGGUGGUGACCGAUGGAGUAAACCCUAUGUGGCAACUCUCUCUUUGCACAGUCUUUUUGAACUAAGGAGUUGCAUCCUCAAUGGAACAGUCAUGCUGGAUAUGCGAGCAAGCACUCUGGAUGAAAUAGCAGAUAUGGUAUUGGACAACAUGAUAGCCUCGGGCCAGUUGGAUGAGUCCAUUAGAGAGAAUGUCAGAGAAGCUCUUCUGAAGAGACAUCAUCAUCAGAAUGAGAAGAGAUUCGCCAGUCGGAUUCCCCUUGUUCGAUCUUUUGCAGACAUAGGCAAGAAACAUUCUGACCCUCACUUGCUUGAGAGGAAUGGGGAAGGCCUUUCAGCCUCCCGCCAUUCUUUGCGAACAGGUCUGUCUGCCUCAAACCUUUCAUUGAGAGGAGAAUCGCCUUUAUCUCUUCUUCUCAGUCAUCUUCUUCCUUCUUCGAGAGCUGGAACCCCUGCAGGCUCAAGGUGUACCACCCCAGUGCCCACCCCUCAAAACAGUCCUCCUUCUAGCCCUAGCAUCAGUCGCGUGACCUCCAGAAGUUCCCAGCAGAGUCAGCUGCAGGUCCCAGAGCUACUGGUGUCUCCUGCCAGUGAUGAUAUCCCCACAGUAGUCAUUCAUCCGCCAGAGGAAGACUUAGAAGCGCUGAAAGGCCAGGAGCAGAAGAAUGAGGAAAAUGUUGACAUAACUCCAGGUAUUUUGGCCUCUCCACAGUCUGCACCUGGAAACCUGGACACUAGUAAAAGUGGAGAGAUUAAAGGUAAUGGAAGUGGAGGCAGCAGAGAAAAUAGUACUGUUGACUUCAGUAAGGUCGAUAUGAAUUUCAUGAGAAAAAUUCCCUCGGGAGCUGAAGCAUCCAAUGUGCUGGUGGGGGAAGUGGACUUUUUGGAACGACCCAUCAUCGCGUUUGUGAGGCUGGCUCCCGCUGUUCUGCUCUCAGGGCUGACCGAGGUCCCUGUUCCUACCAGGUUUUUGUUUCUGUUACUGGGUCCAGCAGGAAAGGCACCACAGUACCAUGAGAUCGGGAGAUCAAUAGCCACUCUCAUGACAGAUGAGAUUUUUCAUGAUGUAGCUUAUAAAGCUAAAGACAGAAAUGACCUCUUAUCAGGAAUUGAUGAAUUUUUAGAUCAAGUGACUGUCCUACCUCCAGGAGAGUGGGACCCUUCUAUACGGAUAGAGCCACCCAAAAGCGUUCCUUCUCAGGAAAAGAGAAAGAUUCCUGUAUUUCCCAAUGGAUCUGCCCCCAGCUCGGGUGAGACUCCUAAAGAGGCUGCUCAUCAUGCUGGGCCCGAGCUACAGAGGACCGGACGGCUUUUUGGUGGUUUGAUACUUGACAUCAAAAGGAAAGCACCUUUUUUCUUGAGUGACUUCAAGGAUGCAUUAAGUCUGCAGUGCCUGGCCUCGAUUCUUUUCCUAUACUGUGCCUGUAUGUCUCCUGUAAUCACUUUUGGAGGGCUGCUUGGAGAAGCUACAGAAGGCAGAAUAAGUGCAAUAGAGUCUCUUUUUGGAGCAUCAUUAACUGGGAUUGCCUACUCGUUGUUUGCUGGGCAACCUCUAACAAUAUUGGGGAGUACAGGUCCCGUUUUAGUGUUUGAAAAAAUUUUAUUUAAAUUUUGCAGAGAUUAUCAGCUUUCCUAUUUGUCUUUAAGAACCAGUAUUGGUCUGUGGACUUCUUUCUUGUGCAUUGUUUUGGUUGCAACAGAUGCCAGCAGCCUUGUGUGUUAUAUUACUCGAUUUACAGAGGAGGCUUUUGCAGCCCUCAUUUGUAUCAUAUUCAUCUACGAGGCUUUGGAGAAGCUCUUUCAUUUAGGAGAAAUAUAUGCAUUUAAUAUGCACAACAAUUUAAAUGAACUGACCAGCUACUCAUGUGUAUGUGUCGAACCUCCUAACCCUAGCAACGAAACUCUGAAGGUGUGGGAAGAAAGGAAUAUAACCGCGCACAAUGUUUCCUGGAGGAAUCUCACUGUUUCUGAAUGUAAAACCUUUCAUGGUUUAUUUGUAGGAUCAGCUUGUGGUCACCAUGGGCCUUAUAUUCCAGAUGUGCUCUUUUGGUGUGUUAUCUUGUUUUUCACCACAUUUUUUCUGUCUUCAUUCCUCAAGCAAUUUAAGACCAAGCGCUAUUUUCCUACUAAGGUGCGAUCGACAAUCAGUGACUUUGCUAUAUUUCUCACAAUAGUAAUAAUGGUUGCAAUUGACUACCUUGUAGGAGUUCCAUCUCCUAAACUUCAUGUUCCUGAAAAAUUCGAGCCUACUGAUCCAAAUAGGGGCUGGAUCAUAAGCCCACUGGGAGAAAAUCCUUGGUGGACCUUAUUAAUAGCUGCCAUCCCGGCCCUGCUUUGCACCAUUCUCAUCUUCAUGGAUCAGCAGAUUACAGCUGUCAUCAUAAACAGAAAGGAGCACAAAUUGAAGAAAGGAGCUGGCUACCACCUGGACCUGUUCGUGGUUGGUGUUAUGCUGGGAGUCUGCUCUGUCAUGGGACUUCCGUGGUUUGUGGCUGCGACGGUGUUGUCCAUAAGUCACGUCAACAGCUUAAAACUUGAAUCUGAGUGCUCUGCUCCAGGGGAACAACCCAAGUUUUUGGGAAUUCGUGAACAGCGGGUCACAGGGCUAAUAAUUUUUAUUCUAAUGGGCCUGUCUGUGUUUAUGACUUCAGUACUAAAGUUUAUUCCAAUGCCUGUUCUCUAUGGUGUUUUCCUUUAUAUGGGAGUUUCUUCAUUAAAAGGAAUCCAGUUUUUUGACCGUAUAAAAUUAUUUGGCAUGCCUGCUAAGCACCAGCCGGAUCUGAUAUACCUCCGUUACGUGCCUCUCUGGAAGGUCCAUAUUUUCACCGUCAUCCAGCUCACUUGUCUGGUUCUUCUGUGGGUAAUAAAAGCUUCAGCUGCUGCAGUAGUUUUUCCCAUGAUGGUUCUUGCAUUAGUGUUUAUACGGAAACUGAUGGAUCUGUGUUUCACAAAGAGAGAACUUAGUUGGCUUGAUGAUCUUAUGCCAGAAAGUAAGAAAAAGAAAGAAGAUGACAAAAAGAAAAAAGAGAAAGAGGAAGCCGAACGAAUGCUUCGAGCUGAUGACGAAACUGUGCACCUUCCAUUUGAAGGGGGGAGUCUCUUGCAAAUUCCGGUGAAGGCCCUAAAAUAUAGUGUUGAUCCCUCAGUGGUUAACAUAUCAGAUGAAAUGGCCAAAACUGCCCAGUGGAAGGCACUUUCCAUGAACACUGAGAAUGCCCGAGUAACCAGACCUAACACGAGCCCUGAAAAACCUGUGAGUGUGAAAAUAAAUAUUGAAGAUGAAGAAACGAAGAAAUAUAUGGAUGCUGAAACUUCGCUAUAGAAUUGAACCAAGAGGAAUUAUAUAUAUAUACACACCACACAGAUACAUAUAUAUAAUGUGUGUAUUUCAUGUCACUAUGUAUAACAAUAUUGUAUGUCAUGCUAUUUAUGCAUGACCACAGGGUUUUUAAAGUAGUGUCUAAAGUUUGUUGGGAGCAUCAUGGAGAAUGUGUAUAAAAUAGAAUGGUCUUUUAGGAGUGAGGUACAUGGUUCUUAUUUUUCAAAUAUUUAUUCUGUUGAAAAAUUUUUCCUUUUCUGCAAUAGGAAGAUGUGGGGAAAUGUAUUCAGUGUAGUUUAAAUCUAUUUGUUUAUCAGUGACAAUUCAUAACAACCUUAAGUGAUACUUUGUCCAUAUAUGAUUUUAACUUGAGUUACUAAAGUUUUUCACAUAUUAUUUUACUUCUGUUAGAGCUUUUUGGGAAGAACAGGGAGUCUUGAUGCCAAUGCUGUGGAACAGAUAGUAACAUGUGGCUUCUGUGUGUGUGUGUGUGUGUGUGUGUGUGUGUGUGUGCGCGUUUCAUUUAUGUAGAUGUCCAUCGUGUUUCACAAGCUAUAGGAACUUUUUCGUUAUAGAGCUACAACAACGGAAUCUUUUUAGUUAGGAACUAUAGUUUUGACCUAUUUGCUUUAGAAAUUUAUUUUAAAUCUUAAGACCUCCACAUUUUAGUUUCCAUUCAGAUGGACAAGUAGAACUGCAGAUGAUAUAUAAUGUAACCCCCCACACCAGUCAUAAUUUUAGGAGCUACACAGUGCCAUUACAGUAAAUUUUGUUGCCUUUGCAGAAAUUUUUUUCUGAAUUCUACACUUCAUUAGAGCCCAAAAUGCUAACUCUGUUCUCUGCCUUUGCUGUUCUUUUACUUAAAAUAUAGUUUAGUUUGUAUCAGGUUUAAGGUUUUGAUUAUUUUUCUAUUAUAAAUAGUACAAUUAAUCAGGAGUCAGAAUUCUCUUAAAUGGGUGUAUGAUCAGUAUUACUUUAUUCUAGUAGGAAUUACCUUUCAUUUUCUGUUUAUGUUCUUUCUGUUGUAUAGAUAAUAUUUAAUAGAUUGUUAUCUGUGAUUUGAUUUUAAAAUAUUUUAUUUAUUUUAAUUGAUAUGAUGCUUAAGUGUUAUAGGAACAUUUGAAAAGGUAACAGAUAUAGAGUAAGUUAAUGUAAAUAGUUGGUGCUCAUUUGCAUUUACAGUUGAUUAUCUGAAACAGUUGACAGAUUUUCCAUCUUUAUAUAAAGCACUGCCAUAUUUGUAUUUUAAAAGGAAUUGAGACAUUUUAUGUAUAGCUCAGAUUGAUGGCUUUCUAUUGUGUGUAUUUGUUAUUUAGUUUUUGCUUUUCUGAGCUGUCUUCUAGCCAGCAGAUCUUUUUAGUCAUCUUUUAUAUACUCUUAGCUCCGCGUUAAAUAAAUAGAUGUUCCUGUUAAGCCUGUAGGACUGGAUGAAUGGGGUUGUGAAACUAAGUUGGCAAGAGGCUAGUUUACCGACAAAGACCUGAGUGUUGAGAAGCCACCAGGAUAUUGAAAAUAGUGACAUGAAUAUUAGGAUGAAGAUAUUAAUGAAAUUACAGGGCUGCCUUUAAUCAUUUGUAAUUUAAGUAUAGAAGUAUGAAGAAUGAUCUUGUAGAGGAGCGUGAGAAAUGCCAAACGCUGAUAUUGUAGCAAUUCUGAAUGUUUUUAAUUCAUUCUAAAAUACUUAAGAAUUAAUGUAAUUUCCCCAGCUGAGACCAUAUUAUCAGAUUCUAAUUUAAGUAACGGAUUUAACUUAUAUCUCAGAUGGGAGGUUGCAAAUGUGGCCACUUUUAGGGAGAAAAGGUAGCUGGUAUCAUUUGGUACUGCCUAAAAAAGAGACUCUAUUGACAAUUGAUAAUAGAGUAUUUAUUACCCACGGUGCUUGUUAUUGUUUUUGAGCUUCCAUUGAAGCGAUUCCUUUUUAUUCAUAGCAGCAUAAUCAUUUCCAAAGACCCCAGUAUUUGCUGCUAUGUUUUGUAAACUCCCCUGAUGUACCUGAACAGGAGGAUUUCCUCACAUAAUUUCCUUGUGUCUGGACAUCACAGGGUUAUUAACAAAUUUGCUUAUUUUAUAGAAAGUGAUUUUAAAAUUUAAACCGAAAACUACCUGGGAUCAUAGUGUUUCUGUGAUUUUAUUUAAUUAUGUAUAGUGAUUGUCCAGUGCCAGAAAAACCACAACUUGCAAAAUACUUUGCACUCAAAAUGUUUGUAGUAUAUUUCUAAUUUGUUUAAUGGUUUCUGUUUCCUUUUGACUACUUGACUUACAAAAUGAUUUGAUAUGACUACUCCAUUGAAGAGCGAAGGUAACUCAUGUUUAAGUAAUUAACUGCUUGUUUUAUAUGGUUAUGCUGUUGUUCCACUGUUUUUGAAAAAUAACAAUCAUGGAUAGCAUUGACUGCAAGACAGUGAAAAAUGUAAUUUACUACAUAUAUUGAUUCUUAAAUGUUGCCUUAAAUACUCGUGGGUGGAAAUGAGCAGUAGUAAUUGCUGUGUACUGAUUUACCUCAAGGUGCAAAAUAAUUAAACCUGUACAUAUUCCAUUUACAAAAUAAAUUCAUAUAAACAGCCCUGCACUUUCUUAGAUGCCUUGGUUUCCAGGAUGGAGCUUAGUGCUACUGAAUACCCUGGCCCCAGAGCCAUCUCAGGAUAUUCUUCUCUCCACCCUAUUUUAUUUAUUUAUAGAUGUCUGUUUACAAAGACUACAAUGAAUACUGAUGUAGACCAUCUGAAAUUUACUUUUCUUUGGAAUGCUAUUUCACUCUAAAAUAGCAGCUUUUGAGAAAACAAUGAACUAACUUCCUUAUGAUAAAAGGAUGAUUCUGUACAUUCUCUAAUAAUAUUGGAUAUGCCGAAGUGAAGCGCACAGCCAUUCUAAUGGGUGUGUGCGUAAAUGAUUUAUCAAAUCAUAAAUCUCCUAAGUUGUGUAAAAGAGCUGUGGCGUAUCAAUGUUCACAUUUGCCAAGUCUCCUGUAACACAUGUGGGACAGCUUUGUUUAUGUCCUAAUGCAUGUAUUAUAGAGAUUUCUUUACCACUUAACUUUUGUUUUUUCAUCCAAAAACAUUUCUUUUUCUUUCACAUACUUAAAAUUUAUGUAUGUAUAUAAUAGCUUUCUAACUUUUUCCUUUUACAAGGACAGGCUCAAAAUUCUGUAAAAAAAAUGGUUUCUGAAACUGAGGUAUGAUACCAGAGCUUACUGUAUUUUUAAGGAUUAUGUCAUGUACAUCGGUUCUGUAAAUGUGCUCAAGAGCUUUACCUGUGAAUCCUGUUUCAAGUGCUCAGAUUUCAGAUGUACAAGCCAUUGCUUAGAACAUUGUAAUUCAAACAUGUUUAAUUUAAUGUGUUAAAGUUAUUUAUGUAGAUCACACCAUUGUUAUUGUGUGCAGUACAAGUAUGUGAAAUGUCUUUUGGUUUAGUCCGACAAUUAUUUAUUUUUUAGAAAGUAAAUUUAAAGACUUUAAGGACAUUCAAAAUUUAAAAUAGUUCAGAAUUAAAAAUUUGGCAGUUUAAAGUUUUUUUUUAACUUUUCAAAAGGUAAUGUAUCAGUAAUAGGAAAACAUAUACUUGGAAUCAUCUAAAGAUCAUUUUAAACGUUUAAUUUAAUCAGCACAUAGUGACUUCUACAGUUGACUUAGAGUAAUUGUUAAACCCCAGUUGUUUUUAAAUCAGAUUUCUGUGCAUUGAUUGAUUUUUGUGUUGUGGCUUUUCUUUUGUUGCUUUAAUAAUAAAAGGUUUCUGUUUUCUAUAUAGGGGGUUAUCUUCCAAUGUUUACUAUGUUUAAAUAAAUAGAAAUUGAAUUUUAUUGUUCAUUUAUAUAAUAUUUGAUAGCUUGGUAUAAUUUCACAGUACAAUUCUAAUUUUUAUGACUUUUAUAAUUAUAAUGAUAAUAUUUUCUUUUGUAAUAAAAUCCAAAGUAAAUUAAACAUUUAAAAUGUACAACUGAUAUUUUUCAUUUAUAUGAAGUACAAGUCUCUACCGCGUCUAUAAUGUGAACGAUCCUGCCUUUUAAAUUUGUUUUAUAAUUGUUAGAAGAAAACUAUUUUUUGGAGAUGUUACUGAAGUUGAAAGAGCAAUAAAAGUCUACUGAAUUAGUCGCU